GCGGGUUGUACAAUAUAAGUAGUCAAAUAAUUCAUGACAUGUUAUCAGUUAUCACUACCGCCAAAAACUAAAAAUUGAGAUCAGAUAUUGCAGAAUAGUUCUUCUCCUCUGUAACAAAACUGCACCCGCCGCUUCUGAUUUCUCAUGUCCCCUUCCCUCAAAUUUUUUCUCCAUAUUUUCACGUUAGUACUGCUUCUAGGAGAAGAGCUCAAAUCCAAAAGCAACUCCACCCAUCUUCUCCAAAUUAUUAGCGGCGACGAACCUCUUUUGAAGAAGCAUUGUAAAAAACUAUCAGAAAAUGAAUCUGGCCCAGGUUUAAUGUCUAGUGUAUCCAAGUUCAGUGAAGGUGAAAUUGGAUGUGGAUGUAGGGCAGUCUCCACUCUCCAUAGCUUCUUGAGCCGAAAACCGACCGUUUCCUCCAGAGAAAGAGCUGAUGCCAAGUAGUACUGAAUGUUGGUGUUUCUCUUCUUGGGCCUCGGAUGAACCUUCAUGGCUUGAACAAUCUCUGCGAAUUAAGAACUAGGAGGGAUUUGGUGAACGAGAGCGGGUUUGAAAAAGUGGAAAGUUGAAGGAAGAAGUACUGUUUAAUUUGAGUUCAGAAUGACAAAGGAAGUUGCAAAGAUAUAAAAGGAAGACGGUAGACGGAGGAUUCAAGGGCGGUGCCGGUGUACGACGGUCUGAUUGAGUGUUUUAAUAGUACUUAAUGAUAUAUAGUACUUAAUUGACGUUUUCACUAUAGUAGAAGAGCUUAUUUGACAGUUUUCCCAAAAUAAUAUAUUUCACUUAAUGAUCAUUAAAGUUCAACGGAAUGAUAGCCUUGACUACAAAUUAGAAAAAGCGCUCAAUUUAGAUGUUCUAUUGAUGUAGACGACUAAGAAGAUCUUGAUGCUAAGGAUAUUGGAAACAUUCAUACAUGAAAAUGUCGACAG